ACUGGGUCCUGAGGCACAGACAGCUGGGCCAUCGGCUUGCCUGGGAGUUUGCAUGCCAGCUGUCUCAGGUGCCACUGAGCCCACUCCAGCCGCAGAGGCGUCCUGCCAACCCAAGAACCGGCUCAAACAGAAGGAGCCUGACCUCCUGGACUUCCCUCCCAAGCUGGUGGCAGAGCAGCUCACCUACAUGGAUGCGGAGCUGUUCAAGAAGGUGGUGCCCCAUCAGUGCCUGGGCUCCGUCUGGUCCUGGAGGAACAGGCCUGGCAACGAGCACCUGGCACCCACAGUCUGGGCCACCAUCGCCCAGUUCAAUGCUGUGGCCAGCUGAAUCGUCACCACGUGCCUUGGCAACCCAAGCAUUGCAGCCCGGGACAGGGCCGUGGUGGUGGACCACUGGAUCCGGGUGGCCAAGGCCUGUCAGAUCCUGGGGAACUACUCCUCCCUGCAUGCCAUCCUCGCGGCUCUGCAGAGUGUCCCCAUUCACCGCCUGAAGAGGACAUGGGACAACGUUUCCAGGAAGAGCUUCCAAACAUACAAAAAGCUCUGCAGAGAAGACAACCCCCAGGGCAGGGAACUACUCAUCAAGGAGCGGCCCUCGAAUAAACUUGCCACCCUGGUGAGGCAGCUGCACAGAGCGUGGAAGGGGCUGCCGAAGAAGGGUGUCGUCCCAUACCUUGGCACUUUCCUCACUGACCUGGUGAUGUUGGAUACUGCAAUGGAGGACUACCUGGAGGGGAAUGAGAUCAACCACUCCAAAAAGAAUAAGAAGAACCUGCAGAACUACGGGACCAUGAACUGGGAACACACAACAAGGGUACAAAGGUCUUACCUGAAUUCAGCUCAGCAUGGCAAUGACAGACUGGUCCCUCUUGGAGGUUGCCCCAGUGUCCCUGAGGCAUUCGAACCUUCUUGGCGACUGACUCCAGACAGUGGCUCACCUGUCACAGUGGCUCACGAUAGAGGGAGGAGAAGUUCCUCGGAGACAGGUGUCACCACACCACUAUCAUCACCCUUUGUCGUGGAAGAAGUCCAUGUCCCUCGUCGGAUUAAGAAACCCUUCAAACAGGACUGGAGCAGGGUGCAAUAA